UUGUUUUUCCGUGUAACUUGAUUCAGCUACAGGGUCAACGCCGAGCCAAGCUACCGUUAACCAAGGUGUAAAGUGCAGCGAAAUGAGAGGCGUCGAUUAAACGGGCCUUUCGCUCGCGCACGGACACGGAGAGGCGUCCCCGGACGAGCAGAGAAUCCGUCGUCCCGGUCGCAGACGCGGAAAGCGCUGGGGGUGAAGCGGCAGCCGUCGGGCCUCGUUGUCGUGGCCCAGCAGGACUCGCGUGAAGUUAAGAGCGGACUGCCAAACUUCUGCUUCCUCCAGCGGCUCUCCGCAGGGCCCGGGGCUCCUGUCGCCGGCCCUGUGGAUGAGUAGCUGGACCUCGGUGCACGCAGCCCGCAGGAGGAAGGAAUCCCUUUGAUGGGAGAGUCCUCUUUCCUGGCCUCCUGGGUCAGCCGCCGUGCCAUGAUGAUGGAUGAGCAGGAGGCCCUGAACUCGAUCAUGCAGGACUUGGCCGAACUGCACCGCUCCAGCCGUCCCGCCACAUUCCUGUCGGAGUUGGGAAAACCCAAAACGUCUUCACCCAAGAACCAGAACGAUGUGAGGGUGAAGUUUGAAUUCAGAGGGGAGAAAAGGAUCCUGCAGUUUCCUCGACCCGUCAAGCUAGAGGACCUGAAGACGAAAGCGAAAGUGGCCUUUGGUCAGGCGAUGGGCCUCCAUUAUUCCAACAACGAGUUACUGAUCCCACUGGCGACCCAGGACGACCUGGAAAAGGCCGUGGAGCUGCUGGAUCGCAGCGUUCACAUGAAGAGCCUGAAGAUCCUCCUGGUGCAGAUCUUCUCACAGAACUCCCCCGCCUCCAACAUGGACCUCCUUCCAUCCCACGAGGAGCUGGAUAACACAGGCUUCGGGGUUGCAGACCAGAAGAGCAUGCUGUCUCUGAUUGGUCAUUCAGGCUCCCACUCGAGCGACCGAAGCUCCCCUCCCCCUGGAUACAUUCCCGACCCUCUUCCCCAGGUGGCGCGAAACGGCUCCUUCACCAGCAUCAACAGCGAGGGAGAGUUCAUUCCUGAGAGUAUGGACCCGAUGUUCGAUCCCUUGUCCAUGAGCAGUCCGGAGAAUUCCGCAUCAGGAAGCUGUCCGUCUUUAGACAGCCCGCUGGACGGGGAAUACCCAAAGUCCCGGAUGCCUCGAGCUCAGAGUUACCCGGACAACCACCAGGACUUCACUGAGUCCGACAUUCCUGUGUUUGAGAAGUCCGGGAAAGGAGGGACGUAUCCCCGGAGAUACGGCAUUCCCUACGGCUUUCAGGACUACAGCGACGGACGGAAAACUUUCCCGCGAGCUCGCCGGACGCAGGUCCACAACUUCCGCUCGCCCGUCAGCUUCAGUCCCACGGAGCAGUCCCCCAGCACCAGCAGCGGCAGCAGCGUCUUCACCCCCGACCUGGAGGACGCCCCCGGCCCCGCCAGGAGGCGGAGAGGCAGCGACAUCGAGCCAGCGACCAACCCCUCAGGGGGCCCCACCCUCUCCGUCAUGGACAUCAGCCCGCCCAGUCGCUCUCCGCGCGCCCCCACCAACUGGCGCCUAGGAAAGCUUCUUGGACAGGGGGCGUUUGGGCGGGUGUACCUUUGCUACGACGCAGACACCGGGCGGGAGUUGGCGGUCAAACAAGUCCAGUUUGACCCGGAGAGUCCGGAAACCAGCAAGGAGGUGAGCGCGUUAGAGUGCGAGAUCCAGCUCCUGAAGAACCUGUGCCACGACCGAAUCGUCCAGUACUACGGCUGCCUGCGGGACACCAUGGAGCGGACGCUCUCCAUCUUCAUGGAGCACAUGCCAGGAGGUUCCAUCAAGGACCAGCUGAAGUCGUACGGAGCGCUGACGGAAAACGUGACGCGCCGAUACACCCGGCAAAUCCUGGAGGGGGUGUCAUACUUGCACAGCAACAUGAUUGUGCACCGAGACAUCAAAGGGGCCAACAUCCUGCGGGACUCCGUAGGGAACGUGAAGCUAGGAGACUUCGGCGCCAGCAGGCGGCUGCAGACCAUCUGCUUGUCGGGGACCGGCAUCAAGUCUGUGACCGGGACCCCCUACUGGAUGAGCCCGGAGGUGAUCAGCGGGGAAGGCUACGGCAGGAAGGCCGACAUCUGGAGUGUCGGCUGCACCGUGGUGGAGAUGCUAACUCAGCGACCUCCGUGGGCGGAGUUCGAAGCCAUGGCGGCCAUCUUCAAAAUCGCCACGCAGCCCACAAACCCUGAGCUGCCCGUGCACGUGUCGGACCACUGCCGCGAGUUCCUGAGGCGGAUCUUUGUAGAGACCAAGCAGCGCCCGUCUGCUGAUGAGCUACUGAGGCACAUCUUCGUUCAUUAGCACCUUCAGUCCUCCAGAACUGCCAAACGUGUCGAAGCAGAAGGGGCGGGGCCCCGGGUGGUACCGCCCCCCUCGGAUUCGAGGCUGCCUUGGACAGGCGAGGGGGCGUGUGCUCCUCCGUCUCUGUACGAGACUGCAGACAUUUUUAUUUAGGUUUUCCUGCAACGUGCACCUUAAUUUCUGAAACGUGGAGUUCGGGGGCGAGCCCCUCCCCUCUGAAGCGGUGAAGCAACUCUUUGGAAACGCCCCCCCCUUUUUUUUUUCCAUGUUUGUACGGUUUCUCAAAGUCGGUGUGGUGGACCUGCAGGAGGUGAAGCCCUGUCCCCUCAUCUCGCCGACCCGACCCAGAAUGUAGUCUCCUGCCAAACCCCCGAGAGCGCCGCUGCCGCCUACCCGCUGCUAAAGACGACGCCACCCCGAGCCGCUGACGACGCUCGCCGGCACCCCAACCCCACCCUCCGUCUGACCUUCCUCGUCUUCGCCGCGUGCCUUUUUUCUGUUUCAGGGCCGGUCUCGGUCGCUCCUCCCGGAUGAUCUGCCUUCACGCCAUUUUGCCCAGAAACAAACCAGCCGGUUUCAGUUCAGCCUCAUGUCCAUGUAUGCCUCGUUUUUGUCUUUUUGGAACUAGAGAACCGCGGUUCUUCAAAGCUCUGCUCGCCUCUCACUGCUGGAAACCAAAACCCUUUCAAGACUUCAUUCAGAAGACUAUCAGGGCGUGAAGCAGAUGAACGUCUCAAAGGUUUGUGGAAACCCAGAACCUCUGACAGCUCUCCUCGUCUCCUGUUAGCCUUCUGGCACUCCACUUGAAGAUGUUUACAGGAUCUUGCAUCAUGACUCCAUAUCGCAGCCUUUAUCAUUUUUGUUUGCAAACUUCACCAACCGACAGUCCAGAAGCAUCGCUGCAGUUUUUAUAAAUACUUUCUCUUCACCUCUCUGGUGUUUCUUCUGUGCAAUCAGCAGAUUUUAGGAGUAACGGUACAAAAAAUAAUGUUUUUCCUCCGAUUAUUUUAAUGAUCUUCUUGGUACGUGUUUGCUGCUGCUGUUUCCUCCGUGUCCACUAGGUGUCGAUGACGAGUUGUACUCCACAGAUUGCUCCUUUCAGGCUGUGAUGAAGUGGAUUUCCGAGAGCACUUACGAGUCCGCUUGGCCGGUGAAUGCAAACUGUAUUUUUAGUUUGAUUUUCCAAAGCAAGUUCCCCCAAAAAUAAUAAAAAAACGUCGUUCUUUGACGCCUCCGAGGCGGCCCACUUUAACAGUCCGGUACAGGCGGGGCGCAGACGCUCCACCUUUGAUCCCACGAUGCACUAUGGAUGACUCACUGAUGCUUUCUUACGGCUGCCUAACAGCUGUCGGAGGCAGCUCGGUUCAGCCACCUUUUCUUUGCACAUUUAAAGACUGUUUUUAUUUUUACUGUGCGCGCGCGUGUGUGUGUGUGCGUAUGUGUGUUUGAGUGUCCAGCUAACUUUUACUGAAUGUAAUGUGUCAUAUUUACCAUCAGGUGGCCUGGUUUCACCACAGUGGAUUAACUCUUGGUUCCAGUAUUUGCCACCUGCAGGUACAUCUGUAGUUCUCUCUGUAGCCGCUGCUGCCAUUCCUGUGUGUAAGUGUGUGUGUAUGUGUGUUGAUGUGCAUUUACUGCACUUUGCUCAUUGGUCACUGCGCCCGUGAGCAUUCUGAUCAUAGGGGGAGGCGUCAGGACUUUAAAAUUAUGAUUAAAAUAAAAAAGUAAAAAAAAAUAAAUGAUCUAAAUAAUAAAAAAAAAUCAAAUGUAUCUUUUUUUUGUUGUUUUUAAAAGAAAAGUACUCUUAUAUCCCACACGUUUGGUCUGUGUAUUGUAAAAGAAGCCAUGUUUAUAAUUCUAAUUGGUUUGUGACCAAUAUGCCUGUUUAUAUCAGAUCUGUAUAUCAGUGGUACGCAUAAUUUUUUAAUAUAUAUUUUUAUUUUGCUUUCGUUUUGUAAAUGGGAGAUUUCAUGCAUGGUUGGGUCCAGAGAGACACAGCGGUGCUGUUGAACGGUUGCUAUUUUUGGACAAAUUCCUGGAGCGUUGCGACAACUCCGGGUCGAUAAUUACAUCAGUUAUGAAUACGAUGAUGAAAACAAUAAAAGAUAUUUAUUUCACAUGAAA